AGCUACUUUAGGAAAAUAACAUCAUAAAUUAUAAAGUACAGAAUGAAAUGCGUUUUCCUCUCUUCAAAUGCGAUUACUCUUUGAACGGCUGAGAUUGGCUCAAAUAUAACCAGAUCUACUUUACCCUUCUUCCCCAGCUAGCACUUCCAAUUCCCCAAAUCUCGUUUUUCACCUUUCUUCUCACAAAACCCAAUUCUUCAGCUUUUAAUUUCAGUGGUCACAACUACGAAACUAUCCCAAGAAUGAGGUCUAACCACGCCGCCAUGUUUCUCGGUAGAAUCUUGUCGAAUUCUUCAUCUAAAUUCUCCACUUUUGAUAAUGCCACCCACCAAAUUAGAUGCUUCUCCUCCUAUCCCAGAUUCGAUUUUGAAUGUAUACGUGAGCCCAAUGAUGCCGUCGCUCUAUUUCGGGAUAUGAUGAGAACGGAGCCGCUUCCUUCUGUUAUUCUUUUCACGAAAUUGCUGAGUGCUGUGGUCAAGCUGAAACAAUACUCUGCUGCACUUCAUCUGUUCGAAAAAAUGCUUCAAAGGGAUGCUCCUGUAAAUCACUACACGUUGAAUAUUGCGAUUGAUUGCUAUUGCCGACUCAAAAGGCCUGAUUUUGGGUUUGCCAUCUUAGGCAGUUUUUUCAAGCGUGGGUUCGAGCCUACUGUGGUAACCUUCAACACUCUCGUGAAAAGCCUUCUGUUUGUUGGAAGGAUCCCAGAGGCAGCUAAAUUGUUGGGGAAGCUGUCGGCCUACCAACUGUGUGAGCCCGAUGAGUAUACAUAUAAUACUAUAAUUAAUGGGUUAUGCAAAGCUGGAGAUAUUCUACAGGCGAUUGAUUUGCUCUGCUCAUUGGAAAAAGGAAAAGGGAGCUGCAAACCCAAUGUCUAUGCUUACAGUGCAGUCAUUGAUGGUCUAUGCAAGGAAGGAAAGGUGGACGAUGCUCUCCAACUCUUCUCCUCUUUGGGUGAUAAGGGGAUUUCACCCAAUGUUGUGACAUAUAAUUCAAUAAUUGAGGGGUUAUGCAAUAGGAGAAGAAUGGACAAGGCUGAACACGUUUUGAAGAAGAUGAUAGCUGAUAUGGUCUGCCCAGAUGUGUGGACGUGUAAUAUCUUUGUGGAUGCUUGGUGCAGAGAUGGAAAGGUGGAAGAUGCCGAGCAUAUGUUGAUAUCUAUGAAGGAGAUUGAUGUUCAACCCGACAUUGUCACAUACAACGCAUUGAUGAAUGGAUAUUGUAUGCUAGGAAAACUGGACGAAGCUGAACGCGUUUUCCAAUUGGCACUGAGCUCUGGAAUGAAGCCCGAUAUCAUAAGCUACAAUAGCUUGAUGAACGGGUAUUGCAAAGAGGGGCGAGUCGAUGAAGUUUCACAUCUUUUUACCAUAAUUCCCGCUCAAAGAUUAAAGCACGAUGUGGUUUGUUAUACCAUAAUGCUAGAGGCCUUAUUUCGUGAAGGCAAAUGCGAAGAUGGCUUGAAGCUGUUCAAAGAAAUGGAAGCUCUACAACUGUUUCCGGAUAUAAGGACUUAUAAUAUCUUGUUGGAUGGUCUAUGCAGUGCUCAUCGUAUCAGUGAAGCAUUUUCUGUGUUGCAUACCAUGGAAGAUAAAGGCAUCGUUCCAAACAUAGUAAUAUAUAGUAUCCUCAUGGAGGGAUUGUGCAACGACAACAAAGUCAGAGAAGCAAAAGAUCUGUUCGACAAGCUUCCAUCCAAAGGUUUGCAGCCUGAAGUCAUAACAUAUAAUAUUCUCAUUGGUGCACUUGGUGAAAGAGGGCAGAUAAAGGAGGCUAAAGAUCUGUUCCAUGAGCUUCCAUCCAAAGGUUUGCAGCCUGACACCAGAACAUAUAAUAUUCUCAUUGGUGCACUUUGCAAAGAAGGGCAGAUAGAGGAGGCUAAAGAUCUGUUCCAUGAGCUCCCAUCCAAAGGUUUGCAGCCUGACGUCAUAACAUAUAAUAUUCUCAUUGGUGCACUUGGUGAAAGAGGGCAGAUAAAGGAGGCUAAAAAUCUGUUCCAUGAGCUUCCAUCCAAAGGUUUGCAGCCUGACACCAGAACAUAUAAUAUUCUCAUUGGUGCACUUUGCAAAGAAGGGCAGAUAGAGGAGGCUAAAGAUCUGUUCCAUGAGCUCCCAUCCAAAGGUUUGCAGCCUGACGUCAUAACAUAUAAUAUUCUCAUUGGUGCACUUGGUGAAAGAGGGCAGAUAAAGGAGGCUAAAGAUCUGUUACAUGAGCUUCCAUCCAAAGGUUUGCAGCCUGACGUCAUAACAUAUAAUAUUCUCAUUGGUGCACUUGGUGAAAGUGGGCAGAUAAAGGAGGCUAAAAAUCUGUUCCAUGAGCUUCCAUCCAAAGGUUUGCAGCCUGACACCAGAACAUAUAAUAUUCUCAUUGGUGCACUUUGCAAAGAAGGGCAGAUAGAGGAGGCUAAAGAUCUGUUCCAUGAGCUCCCAUCCAAAGGUUUGCAGCCUGACGUCAUAACAUAUAAUAUUCUCAUUGGUGCACUUGGUGAAAGAGGGCAGAUAAAGGAGGCUAAAGAUCUGUUACAUGAGCUUCCAUCCAAAGGUUUGCAGCCUGACGUCAUAACAUAUAAUAUUCUCAUUGGUGCACUUGGUGAAAGAGGGCAGAUAAAGGAGGCUAAAAAUCUGUUCCAUGAGCUUCCAUCCAAAGGUUUGCAGCCUGACACCAGAACAUAUAAUAUUCUCAUUGGUGCACUUUGCAAAGAAGGGCAGAUAGAGGAGGCUAAAGAUCUGUUCCAUGAGCUCCCAUCCAAAGGUUUGCAGCCUGACGUCAUAACAUAUAAUAUUCUCAUUGGUGCACUUGGUGAAAGAGGGCAGAUAAAGGAGGCUAAAGAUCUGUUCCAUGAGCUUCCAUCCAAAGGUUUGCAGUCUGACACCAGAACAUAUAAUAUUCUCAUUGGUGCACUUUGCAAAGAAGGGCACAUAGAGAAGGCUAAAGAUCUGUUCCAUGAGCUCCCAUCCAAAGGUUUGCAGCCUGACGUUAUAACAUAUAAUAUUCUCAUUGGUGCACUUGGUGAAAGAGGGCUGAUAAAGGAGGCUAAAGAUCUGUUCCAUGAGCUCCCAUCCAAAGGUUUGCAGCCUGACACCAGAACAUAUAAUAUUCUCAUUGGUGCACUUUGCAAAGAAGGGCAGAUAGAGGAGACUAAAGAUCUGUUCCAUGAGCUCCCAUCCAAAGGUUUGCAGCCUGACGUCAUAACAUAUAAUAUUCUCAUUGGUGCACUUGGUGAAAGAGGGCAGAUAAAGGAGGCUAAAGAUCUGUUCCAUGAGCUUCCAUCCAAAGGUUUGCAGCCGGACGUCAUAACUUAUACAAUCCUUAUCGAUGCACUUUGUGAGGAAGGGCAGAUAGAGGAGGCUAAGGAUUUGAUGACGCAAAUGGUAAGCAACAGUUGCUUGCCUAAUAGUGUAACAUACAAUGUUUUUGUUCGAGGUCUUCUCAAAAUGAACAAGAUGCUUGAUGCAAUGCCAGUGUUGGAAGAGAUGGAUUCAAGAGGAUGCACACUUGACAAAACUGCAUAUUCGAUGUUAAUUGAAGCUGUGAAAUGGGAAGUUGUAGGCACUGUUGGUGGGAUUGUUUACUUGGAUUGGGAGUUGCUCAGCUAUGCACCUUGACUUGCAACUUCUGCAUCCAUUGUAUGUGCAAAUUGUAGCUACAUUUAAUUUAGUUUCACAAUGUAAGAAUUAUGUAUAUGAAUUCUUGAUUGAAAUCAAAAUCUGAGGUUCAUUGUCAUCAUUGAAAACUGAGCUUGAAAAUAAUAUGCAAUUAGUUUUUGGGUAGAAAACAAGAAACAUAGAAAAAGCAUCACCUUGAACAAGAACUGCAGCAUGAAACAGUAGGAAUAGGAACAAGUGAU